GGUACUUCAGGUGAAGCCACUUCUUCGAAAUGAACCAGAUUUUGUUAUGCUCCGGAAUUUUACUGCUGCAUUUUGCAGUGGCCAACUGUAUAGGAAUCCAGCAAAACGAUUCAUCUACCAGUCAUUUUCCCAAGCUCGAUUUCAUCCCUUUGCCAAAUGUUCCUCCCAAGAACGACGUGAUACAUGAAAAAACCCGUAAAGACGAUCCAGCUCAGCCAGAUUCGAGUAAAGGUUCUAUCAAGAGCGAUUUUAUAUCGGAUGAUACUAAUGAGCCACAAAGCUCGAAUAAUGACUUAAGACGAAAACAUUUAGUACCAAAGACGAUCAGAGUGCUGCAACAGAAGUUGGCUUUGGAGAAGAGCAGCUCUUCCACAUUCCGGAAUAUUUCCGUAACAUUGAUGAAGGAGCUAGAUGAAAGAAAAUCGGAAAUUCUCAAGGACCGACAGGCAAACCUCGAUUUGGAGAUCAGGCUCAAUGAUGCGAACCGCAAGAUUUUGGAAUUGAAUUUGGAGCUGCAAGACGCCCGAAGGUCAGUGAAGCCGUGUGAUAAAAAGAAGAACCUCAAGGAUCUAUCCCUGACCAACAAACAGUUGCUAGAAGAGCAAAUCAAGAAAAAUUAUCGUAAUAUGUUUGUAAAACUAAUGAACGACCUAAGACUCACGAUCAAUUCUUCAAUCUGGAAAAUCGUCAAUAUGGCGACCAAUCAUUUGGUUCCCGAUAUUCCUCCAAAUUCAAUUAGAUACAUAUAAAAACAGAAACGAGAAUAGCCGAUAGUUUUGAGUCAUGGCACUUACUUAAUUUGAUUGUCAACCGUAAUAAAUGCGAUUCAAGCCGCUUAGGCCAA